UCCGGAUCCGCACUUCAAUCCGAUUAUUAAUCCGAUUCAUUAAUGAAGGUGUGAUCAGAUCAAACCGCCUUCGGCACCGAUUCAUGAACAGAUCCAGCAGACGAGAUCCCGAGCAGAUCCGAGAAGAUCACAGAAGAUCCAGGUGCUGCAGACUGGAUACACAUCAAAGCAGGAGGGAUUCGAACCUGAUUCAUCCAGCACAGCUGUAUUACUCGAUCCCCCGGAGCGGCCAUGCGGCGUAUCACGGCACCGUGGGCGGUCCGAUUCAUCCUGACGGCGAUGUCGGUACUGGUGGGACGAUGCCGGGCCGAAGCCGACGCCGAGCCGGUGAACCUGGCGGAGCGGGUGAUCUUCGCCGUGAACGCGGGAGGAGACGCUCACACCGACUCGCACGGGAUUCAUUUUAGAAGAGACCCGCUGGAGGGCAAACUGGGCAAAGCAUCGGACUAUGGGAUGCGCCUGCCGAUCCUGCGCUCCAGUCCGGAGGAUCAGAUCCUGUAUCAGACGGAGCGCUAUAACGAGGACACGUUCGGGUACGAGGUUCCCAUCAAAGACGAGGGAGAGUACAUCCUGGUGCUGAAGUUCGCCGAGGUUUACUUCGCCCAGUCACAGCAGAAGGUCUUCGAUGUGAGGAUGAACGGUCACAUGGUGGUGAAGGAUCUGGAUAUUUUCGACCGGGUGGGGCACAGCACGGCGCACGAUGAGAUCGUACCCUUCACUAUAAAGAGGGGGAAGCUCAGCGUUUUGGGGGAGGUGUCCACGUUCAACAGCAAGCUGACGGUGGAGUUCAUAAAGGGUUACUAUGAUAAUCCCAAGGUGUGCGCGCUCUACAUCAUGAAAGGGAAACCUGAAGACGUGCCGAAGCUGCAGCCUCACCCCGGCCUGGAGAAGCGCGAGGAGGAUGAAGAGGAGGAGGAGGACGGCGAAGUUGGGGAGGACGGUGUGAAGAAGAGCGCCUCCCACUCCUCAUCGAAAAAUCCGGUCCGGUCCGGCCCGAGAACGCCGAACCCGUACGCGGCCGACAACAGCAGCCUGAUGUUCCCCAUUUUAGUGGCCUUCGGAGUGUUUAUCCCUACACUGUUCUGCCUCUGCCGCCUGUGAGCGAGAGACAUAUACAAACACAGAGGGAGAGAGAGAGAGAGAACUAGAACGAGGGAUGGGCAAUCGGACAACAGGUUUUGUGGGGUGGGGGGGGCGGAUGAAAGGAAUUCGGAGACAUAGAGAGGGGCGAGAGACAUAUAAAGAGAGGGUGUGAGGGUGUGGGCUUGGAGACGAUGGAGAUAGGGGGAAUAGUAUUUAUGUGAGCGAACACACCCGAGACAGGACUCGCCACUGUUGGUUUGGCAGGUUCGUCUGGUCCAACAGGAAAUGACGGGGUGAAUCAGCAGCGAUGUGUUUGAUUGGCUGCCUUCAUUUUGUUAAGUUCCACCAAAAAUCAAAGGUACAAUGUUCCCCUUACCCACACUGCACCGCACUAAACAAAAUCUAUCAUUUAUUACUUUUAAUAAGAUUAGGAGACAAAAGUGACACAUAAUUGGCAGGAAUUAUUACAUAAAACUAAUAAUAAAUGAUCAGCAUAUCAUGAUAUACAAUUCUACCGUACAAGCACGAGCUGGCAAUUAUUUAUAAAGUCAAAGAGAAAUUAAAUAAUUGAAUCCAGCAGCUAAAAGCAUCAAUUUUUUAAUCUGUGGACACAGGUUGUUCUACAAAACCUGAUCGUCAAAAUAAGGUGGUGGUGAUUUUUCUGAAUAGCUGCCAGGUUACGAUGUG